AUGUGGAUAGCCGCUACUGUGUUGGACAGGGCAUACCUAGAAGGAGCUCAGAGAGCCCGGAAGCUGAAGAAACUUGGUAAUCUGAAACUACAAGAGGAAGGGGAGGCUUCCAAUGCCACCAGCCCCACUGAGGAGCCAACCCAGAAGCUGACGGUGUCACACAUUGAAGGCUAUGAGUGUCAGCCCAUCUUUCUGAAUGUCCUUGAAGCCAUCGAGCCAGGCGUGGUGUGUGCUGGACAUGACAACAACCAACCUGACUCCUUUGCAGCCUUGCUCUCUAGCCUUAAUGAGUUGGGCGAAAGACAGCUUGUACACGUGGUCAAGUGGGCCAAGGCCCUGCCUGGCUUCCGCAACUUGCACGUGGAUGACCAGAUGGCAGUCAUUCAGUACUCCUGGAUGGGACUUAUGGUGUUUGCCAUGGGCUGGCGGUCCUUCACCAAUGUCAACUCCAGGAUGCUCUACUUCGCCCCUGACCUGGUUUUCAAUGAGUACCGCAUGCACAAGUCCCGGAUGUACAGCCAGUGUGUCCGAAUGAGGCACCUCUCUCAAGAAUUUGGAUGGCUUCAGAUCACCCCCCAAGAAUUUUUGUGCAUGAAGGCACUGCUGCUAUUCAGCAUUAUUCCAGUGGAUGGGCUGAAAAAUCAAAAAUUCUUUGAUGAACUUCGAAUGAACUACAUCAAGGAACUUGAUCGUAUCAUUGCUUGCAAGAGAAAAAAUCCCACAUCCUGCUCGAGGCGCUUCUACCAGCUCACCAAGCUCCUGGACUCUGUGCAACCUAUUGCGCGAGAGCUGCAUCAGUUCACUUUUGACCUGCUAAUCAAGUCCCACAUGGUGAGCGUGGACUUUCCAGAAAUGAUGGCAGAAAUCAUCUCUGUGCAAGUGCCCAAGAUUCUUUCUGGGAAAGUCAAGCCCAUCUAUUUCCACACGCAGUGAAGCUUUGGAAGCCCCCAUUUUCUCACCCCACUCCACUCCCCUUUUCAGAUAUCUUCUGCUUGUUAUAACUCUGCACUACUUCUCUGCAGUGCCUUGGGGAAUUUCCUCUUUUGAUGUACAGUCUGUCAUGAAGAUGUUCCUGAGUUCUAUUUGCUGCACUUCCCCCCCCCCUUUUCCUCCUUUCUCUUUUUUCCCUACCUAUCUGACCCUCCCAUGGCACUUUCAGACUCUGCUCCCUGCCAUGGCUCUUAUCUGUGCUUUGAAUGGUGUUGUAUUUCUUUAAAUCUGUGAUGAUCCUCAUGUGGCUCAGUGUCAAGUUGUGCUUGUUUAUAGCACUGCACUGUGUGCCAGCCACACAAAAGUUUACUCACCUAAUGCCACGGGAAGUUUAGAGAGCUGAGUAUCUGGAAAAACAAAAACAAAACAAACAACCCUCCUAAAACCAAAAAUCCUGUAGGGUUUUUUCUGCUUAAAAAAAUAGAAAAACAAACAGAAUUCCCCCAACGAGGCCAACAGUGACUAGAAUAAGGUGAAAAUUGCAAGCCCAUGGGGAGUCACUGCUUUUUUUUUUUUUUUUCCAAGUUCAGCCUCCCGGGGAGACUUUAUUUUCUGCCAAUGGCUAUUGCCAUUAGAGGGCAGGAUGACCGCAUAGAUGAGUUAGGAGGGGGGAGACAGAUUUAAGAGAGGACAAAGAGGACAGAUGGAUCACCAGUACCUGCCCACAGCCUUGGCCCCUGACGGCUAGACUGCUUAACUGCAGUGCAAUUCAUUGUACUGAAAAUGUGCUUCUUGUUUGAAAACGUGUCUGCAUGUGAACGCCUCCCCUCCAGCCAAUCCUUUUUCUCUCUCACCCUCUGCCUCCACCCUCAAAUUGACUUUCAGUAAGCUUUUCUAAGAGCUUUGGACUGAAUGUUCUCUUUAGCCAAAACUUGGCCACUUCCACUGAAGAGUCAGACCAGUAAGAAAGAAAGGAGAGAUCUGACCCUUUGGAAGGCCCUAUCCAGAGCCAGGUCUGCUUUCCCAUUUGUAGGUCAGGGAAGAGGCUGGGGCUGGAGUCAGAGGAAAAAGAAUCGAUGGGUUGGUUGUUUUCCUGCUUAGGACACUGAAGAUUUGAUCACUCUUUGCCCUUACCUUUAAAAGACCCCAAUGUUUUCUGCCUGACUCCAUGUGGCUGCAAGCUCCCUCUUACCCUCCCUUCAGUGUUUUGUGGGCCUGGACUUCACCAGAUUGUAUUACAGCCAUGGUGGUGAGGUUUGUCCUAAAUGGCAUGUUCACAGACUCUCUGCUAAGAGCUGCUACCACCAAGAAGGCUAGCAAGCCAGCAGUCUUGAUGCCAGUAGGCUGAAAGACUUCUUACCAAAUGUCGUUCAUCAACUAUCAGAUCUCUGGAGCCCUUAGACAAACUGGAAAGAAGGCAUCGAUGGGACUGGACAAGCCAGACAUCUUGCCCUUGUCCCCUAGAGAUGAUACCUUCCCACCAAGUGAAGAAAUACCUACUUCUUCCUUCAGAGCAGCUAAUGGGGCUAUGCGGGUCACGGUUAAAGAGAAAACUCAAUUACCAGGGUGAGAAGAAUGAAGGCACUAGAACCAGAAACCCUGUAAAUGCUGUCCUUGCCCCCCAGCAUAUCCACCUGCAGAAGUCAUGGGAAGAAGAGAGAAGAAACUAAGAGGAGACUGACUACUAAAUUAAAGUCUUCAAAGGCAAAAUCUAAAGCCAGAUGGGCACCAUCUGGUCGGUUUACCCAUCAUCCUCCUCUGCUGCUUAUUCUGGGCUCUGACAUCGGCCAUACUCACUCAGACCCCCCCACCUUUGUUGCUGCCUCUCAGCCAGAGGGAGGCUGAAACAUUUAUACUACAGAACCAUGACCUCCUUUGGAAAGGUCUGGUUUGCGUGGCUCCAAUGGGCUGCCAUCCAUGAACUCAGGGUGUGCUCUUGGGACACUGGUUUCAUAUGGUCCUUUGGCACACCUCUCUUUUGCUGACUUUGUCCCCCAAUCCUGAGUUCAGGGGCAAUGUCCGCCUACUUUCUUGUCUUGGCAACUGCCUCCUCAGUUAGGUCUUACAUUCAUCUGCUAAAUUCAAGAAAUCGGGGGCCAAUUACCAAGCUGCCCAUUUCAGUUGGUUCACUCUACUUAUUGAGAAGAUAGUUUCUGAGUGACACGCUAUUAUCUACAUGGGUUUCCUCCCCUGAUUUCUGUGCUGAUAUUAAUAGCCAAAUGAACUUGCAAAACAGCUUCUUUAAAUAACAAGGGACAGGGGAACCUAAGAUGGGUGAUAUACCAAUCCAAGACUGCUGAACAAAACUAAAACUGACAGGUUCUCUUUCUGGGGUAGGAUAGACAAAUCCUGGUUUUCUUCAUUAGGACAUCAUUUGGCUUAUGUAAGCUCACGAGAUUACUUCUGGCUGUUUUAAACAGAAAAAAAAAAUCCAUCACUCUUUUCAGUUACACUAGGCUAUAGUUUAAUAGCUCCUUUACAUCUGUUUUAAAAUUAUUUUCCUCUUUUAUGGUACAUGGAUUUGAUUAUAUCAUUCUAAUAUCUCUCCUUGUAAAUACUAGAUGCUCUCCUUUUUAUUUCUCUGACUACCAAAUUUUUCACCUUUAUGGAUUUCCCAAUUGUGACUCUUGUCUUUAUGAAUAUAUACGUUUUGCAUUUGUAAAAGCCAAAAAUCAGUGAAACAGCAGUGUAAAUUAAAAACAGCAACAACUAAACUACUCUGAAAUUCUGAAUGGCAAGACUAGGGAAAAAUGGCCUAAACAAGGCUGUAGGCCUAGUGUUUUCGCACUGGGGUUUCAGUGAGUGAAGGAGAUUUUAGCUUGGCUUUGUUCUCCUACAGAUAAAAGGGGGAUUCUCUUUUUUUCUUUUGGUCAUUGAUGUGCUCGCCAGUGUAACUGACAGAAGUCUCAUUUGGCAUGCGCUCUGCUGUACAAACAGUUGAUGUGGUUGGUACACUGUGGCUCACCCGUGAAGGCUCAGCCACCUCGAUCCACUGACCUGGUGAGCUGAAAGAUGAGGAUCACUCACCAGGCAAGUCAUGGUAACUGUCUCUAAAGCGGUUUGCAGUGCUCGAUGGGGAUGGAGCGAGGAAGAGAAAACGAAGGAGCACCAGGGACAAGGCCCCAUCUGUGCUACACGGGAGACAGCCGCCAGAGCCGCAGACUCUGUGGCCAAAGAAAAGAGUCGUGUGGCAGUUUCAGCUCUUGGUCACUGAGCAGCUCUCCCAGGCUUGGCCUCUGAGCUGAAACAGGGGUUGGGUUCUUUGUUCUAUAGCUUUCCUGUGCCACAGACAGUAUCGUUCUUGGAGAGUUCAUUAUUUUUCUCAUGAGAAUGGAAUUUUCUGAAGGAUUCUGUCAUAUAUCUUUGAAAAAGAAAAUCGGUAAUACACAUAUUUUUAUGUAUGUUCACUGGCACUAAAAAAGAAGAAAAAAAUGCUUUGCCCUGUCCUUUGGAUAGUUGCUGAGGUGAUUCCAGGUUGCGAAACAAUGUGCUGAUGCUAGAGUCCCUCUCUGUCCAUACGCUACUUCUAAAUCCAUAUAGGCCUAUGUAGCAAGAAGUAUUCUAUUUGCACUUUAAGAGAAAGUAGUUUCAUCGUCCACAUGAUAGUAACACUACACAAAUGACCUAACUUUGAGCUUCAAGUAGCUUCUAAGUGUUUGUUUCAUUAGCCACAGCACAGACUUGGCCUUGCCCUCUUUUCUCUCUUGAUAAUUCUGCAGGGCUCAAAAGCCCAAGCCACUCCCGUCUACCCCGUUCCAUCCCUGUGCCAGGGUUGCGCCUCAUGAGACUCUCUCCAGACAGCCCUGUAACUAUGCCUGCAUGGCUCUGGGGAGACAAGAGGCUGACUACUAAUUAUCUUGUGCCAGUUGCCCAGGUGAGAGGGCACUGGGCCAAAAGAGUGGCCUUUGUGCUCAACCUCCUGUAAGGGGUCAUGGGAACCAGGAAUGCUUAAGCACAGGAUUCAAUCCCAAACUUAGGGUCAAAAUAAGUCAUUUAGCAUGUGCAUUUUCUUGUAAAAGGAAGUUUCUACCCCUGCUGCCUUUUAUAGGCAGGUCUGUUUCUCACCACUAAUCUCUUUGAAAAUCUUUGAAAGCAGUUUGUUUUUUUUGUUUUUUUUUUUUAAAGACAAAGAGAUGAAAGCAUCACAUUAUGUAACCAAAGAUUACACUGUAUCUGCUAAGAUACCAAAAUUUAAGAGCAGGGAGGGAACAAGAAUUAGUGCCUCUUUGGUCAACUAUCCAAAGACAGACUACAGGACUUUGUUGUUGACUGACUUGUAAGAGUUUGGUGGGUUUUUCCCCCAACAAUAUAAAUGCUUAGAAAAGUGGAAGAUAAUUUUGAAAAAACUGGGUUUAUAGGUCCUUCACUAAGUGAUUUUAUAAGCAAAACUAGCUUUCCUUUUCUCUAGUAGUUGCUGAGCAAAUUCUUAAAGCUCCAUUGUUGCAUGGUUGGAAACGGAGCUGUCUUGGCCACUGUGUUUGCUAGUGCCCGUGUUAGCGUAUCUGAAGAUGUGAAGCCCUUGAUGAGAAGGGGAGCAUUUAAAGGACUAGAUUUUGCACUAGAGGGACAGCAGGCAGAAAUUCUCAUUUCUGCCCACUUUGGACGGCACAAAAAGUUCUCUUGGGUUUAAGGCAGAAGGUUGAAAUAUAUUGUAAAUGAGUAUUUGUAUCCAUGUUUCAAAAUUGAAUUAUAUAUGUAUAGAUAUAAUGUGUUCUGAUAGCUUUAUCUUUCUCUGCACCUUUAUAUUUGGUUCCAGGUCAUAACUGAUACCCUGUACUUGUAAGAGAGGCUACAGUUACAUUUUGGAAGCUCUCUCAGAAUGGAAAAGAUACGUGGGUUGAUCAGAUAACGAAGAGAUCUCUGCCUCUAUUGGGGCCUUACCCACAGGCCUAACAGAGGAGCAGAGGGGGAAAAGAAUAGGGUACAUGAUGUAUUGCACUUUACUAGCCCAAGACAGAUGAAUGUUUAAAGGGUGGUGAAGACUCAUUGGAAUCAACUGGGAUUUCCCAUAGAGAAGGCCCAGACUUGGGGCCAAAGGCCCACCCAAAUGAUUAACCGAUAGACCCCUGAUGGGACCUGAGCAUUGGAAGAAGGAGAAACAUUCUUUGUUCUUCACCAUCCUUGUGAGAAAAGGGCAGUUUCCUGCACUUGGGAACCUGGAGCAAGUGCUCCAUCUUUUACACAAUCCACUCACCUACGAUUGAGGUGCUCUUGCUACUGGGUGUCUUGUGUGCUCUAAUUUUGGUUUUGGAUAUGUUCUGUAAAGAUUUCAACAAUGAAAAUGUGUUUUUAUCUGUCAAAAAAUUGUCAGUGUACUAGAAGUUGUAUCUCUGUAGAUGCAGGUCCAUCUCUGCCCUUGGGUAGGGAUGUUUUUCUUCAAUUAAGAAAUUGACACUGGGGUCUGCUGCCCAGAGCCUCCCAACCUUAAACCAUUUCUAGGUGAAGGCAGAAAAUUCCACAUUAGUCACUCCUCCUCUUCAGAUGCUUAGGCUGAGGUAACAAUUUGGAAUGUUCCUGCACCCAGAAAUUAGUGAUAAGUAUUUCAAUUUGGCAGGUAGACUUUUAAAGGGAAAAACGGCCUUUGAUGCAGUUUUGAUUUAUCCCCAUUCGAUUAAGCCAAAAAGUAAUAUGCAUUGAUUGGUUACCAACCCCAAUUCAGUAUAGUGGGGGUGUUGAUCCCUUUCCUUACCUCACCUGUCUCUUAGCCUUCUAUAAAAUUAAAUGAGGAGCUAUGGACUGAGUAGCCCCUGUAGCCUAAAACAGUCUCCACAUGCACUAAUUCAUGAGGCUGUCUGUCAUAUGGCUGCAGAUUCCACUGGCCACCAAAGACUGAAACACAUACGUAUCCCAACAGAAAGAAAUUCCUAAAAUGUUGCUGCUUCUCCGGUGGCCCCCCUCCCUGGCUGCUGUUUUACCUUUUGGGACUCUGUUCCCUGCAUUGCAGGCAGGCCAGGCCUGCAGUCUUUCCCAUCCUUAGCCCUUGGUGCUAACUGUCCUGCAGUGAAGUGCCUGUGGGAUUGUCCUAUUCCAUAAGCCACUCAGGUGCUGAGAGUAGCCACCAUUGGGAUAACCCAGGCUAAAAAAAAAAAAAAAAAAAGAGUCCCCUCACCAUUCAGUGACACCUUUCUGCUUUCCCCUAGACUGGAACGUUGAUUAGGGAGUGCCUCAGAUGUGACAUUCUUGUGCUGUCCUUGAGAUUAAUUUGGCAGCAAGAAGGAGCAGACAAUGUAACCAGAUGUAAGAAUUAACUUUCAAUGUUGAGGGAAAAAAGAAGAAAGCAUCAUAUAAAGAUUUUUUUUUUUUUAAAGAAACAUUAAUUUUGCUUGGAAGUUCUUUUGAUGGGGCUUCAGUUCUUACAGCGGCACUUGGCCUCCACUGGGUAGCAGGACCAGCCCCAAGCGCUAGUGCUGUGUUCUUCUUUUUGUAAUCUUGGAAUCUUUUGUUGCUCUAAAUACAAUUAAAAAUGGCAGAAACUUGUUUGUUGGAAUACACGUGUGACUCUG